UGGAGGCGGCGGACACGUGGGGCAGCGACUACCGCCCCCGCGGCCCCCGGCUGGAGGUGGUGGGCGACUGGAGCUCGGCGGCGGGACCGCGCAUGCGCGACCACCUGUUCCCCCACGUGCACCACGGCUUUCGGGGCCAGGCGCUGCCACUCGUGUCCUUCCACUUCCCGCCGUGGCAGAUCGCGAGGCGCUGCAAGCCGCGCGGAAACGUGUCCUUCAGCGGAGUCGUGUUCGAGAUCAUGUCGGCGCUCGGCAGGAACCUCAACUUCAGCUACAAUGUUACAAUAGCCUCCAGCUCUUCCCUUAAAGGACAAGGUGCAGACGUAAAUAAGAAGCAUGCAGCUGAGCUGGGCGAAGAGUUUGCAGACAUCUCGGCCAUUUCCAUCCCUUGGGCUAGCAUAGCGCAGAGUAUCGAACAGAAGAAGGUUUGGCUGUGCAUUAUAGUUUGUGUGGUGACCAUGGGCCCUUUGCUGAUGUUUUUUCAUCUUAGAAGCCCAUACUAUGACUACCAUGGCAAGCGUGGUGAAGGAGGUUUGAAUUCAUUACACACGUGUGUGUGGUACAUGUACGGAGCACUGCUGCAGCAAGGAGGGAGGCACCUGCCCGAGGCGGACAGCGGCCGCAUCCUCGUGGGCACGUGGUGGCUCGUGGUGCUGGUCGUGGUGACCACGUACUGCGGCAACCUGGUGGCCUUCCUCACGUUCCCCCAGUACGAGCGCGCCGUCGCCUCGCUGGACGAGCUGCUGGAGCGGCCCGCUGGAGUCAGCUGGGGCGUGCUGGGCGGCUCCGACCUCGCCGACAGACUCGAGAGCUCGGACGACCCCCGCAUGCAGGCGCUGUUCGCCGGCGCCGAGAAGCACCGCGACCAGGGCGAGCGCCUGAUCCGGGCGGUGAGGCUGUCCAGGCACGUGUACCUCGAGUGGAAGAUCAACCUCGUGUACCUCAUGAAGAGGCAGUACGUCUCCACCAACUCCUGCGACUUCGUGCUGGCUAAAGAAGAUUUCUGGGAAGAGAAACUGGCUAUGGCUAUAUCAGCUAACAAUCCGUACCUGCCAAUAAUCAAUGAACAGAUCCAGAGGAUGCACAAGGUGGGGCUGAUCAGCAAGUGGCUGCGGCAGUACCUGCCCGCCAAGGACCGCUGCUCCGCCGUCACGAAGCAGACCGCAGAGGUCGUCACGCACGUCGUCAACCUGGACGACCUGCAGGGCUCCUUCUUCCUGCUCGCGCUGGGCGUGUGCGGGUCUCUGGUGGUCGUGGCGGGGGAGCUGGCGAUGCACCGCAGGAGGCUGGCCGCGGAGAGGAGGCUCGUCAGGCCCUACGUCCCCUGAGCACCUGAGCACCUGAGCACCUGAGCACCACACCUGCUCACCUCGCCUGCUCUGCUCGCACCCAGCCAGGCACCACGCCACGCCACGCCUCCGCCACAAGUCCCGUCCACAACCAGCAGACGGAAUCGUUCAACACGGACGUACAAUGAUCACGUAAUAAGUUCACGAACGUAGUUCCUUUCAAUCAAAACGUCCCAUUUUCCACGGAAUAUUACAACACUUUAAUUUAGACUUUUCACAAUAAAUCAUAUAUCAAACUGAAGGUAAA